AUGCAGGCACUAAAGCUGUUGUUAUAUUCCAAUGUUGGGUUACAUGUAACAGCUAAUAACUCGGAAGGUUUGAUGGCUCGAGAAAUCAUAGAAAAUGUUGAAAGAAAAGGCUUGAGCAUGAGUGGUGAAGAUGAUGACAAGAUUAAGCGCAUUAAAAAAAAACUUGAUACCCUUGAACUGAUAUUAGUAAUGUUAAUUCGUGCAAGGAAUGGAUUGUCGGAGAACAUGAUCAACGCAACGCUGGUGACUGUGGCACUGGUUAUAACAGCAAUCUACCAAUCAUCUUUAAGCCCACCCAGAGGUGUUUGGCAAGUUGAUAACAACAGUAUCCCCACCACCACCUCAAACGUUACUACUACUGCUCUUCAAAUCUUUGACGACAAUUACAAUAACUCCAGAUUCAAACACCUGUUGGGUCAAGAAUCAAGGAAAACAGGUACAACAAUCAUGAAUCCCGACUUGUAUUCAAUGUUUUGGGUUUGUAAUCUCCUGACAUUUGAGCUUCCGCUCCUCUCCAAUGUUCCUUCUUUUCUUCUCAUCCCGCUUUAUUAUCUAAGCGUCUCCUACUUUUACUCGAUGACACUAAUAUCCCCGUCGUCGUUCUGGGAAAACGUCAAUUAUAUUCUCACGUGGUUAGCCAUUCUUUUCCCACUUCGCUUACUUCGCUUAAUCAUACGACCACUUAUGUCACCAGCUUACAAGGAGUACAUACGCUUCCGUAGAGCUAUUCUUAGAGCCAACAAAGUCGGGAUCAUCCGACCCUUGCUAAGGGGUAAUCUAGUUGAUAUUAUAUUAUGUCCUUGA